GUUUGGUAUUAUGGGGCUAAAUAUCCCUGCCACUACCCUCAUACGAGUUCCCAAAGACUUUCAUUCUACCCGAAGAAUCGGUAUCUGAACAAAGUAGGAUCCAAUACAAGCAGCACCGACAGUCCCGCUUCAAAGAAAAACUAUGGGAGCUUCUACUUUCUCCCAGUCCUUUGCCGAAGGAUGUGAGGCAUGGGCUUCACUGAUGCUUCCUGCUUUAGUAGGAUGCGCUUUGCUUAUCUAUCAAGCAUUCUUUGCCAUCCAAUAUCCUGCCAACCUCCCACUAGCUGGUGAGCCUGAUGGGAAAAGAACGUUCAGCUGGCGAACGAGGUGGAGGUACUAUAAAGACUGCGAGGCUCUAUACAGAGAAACAUAUGAGAACUACACCAAAAGUGGCAAGACAGUCCUUCUCCCGGGUCUUGGAUUUCGCCGCGACAUCGUCUUGCCUCAAAGCGCAAUGCGGGAUAUCAUGGCCCGUCCUGAAAAGGAACUCAGUCACGCCGACGCGGUCCUGGAACUUGUUCAGCUGAAGUACUCACUUGGCCAUGAAAAAUACAAAAGCGAUCCCUGGCCUUGUAUGCUUGUCAAGUCGGAUAUCAAUUCCAAGCUGGAGGCAGUCUGCGAUGGUAUGAACGAGGAACUAAAGUAUGCAUUUGAUAAAUAUAUUGGAUGUGAUACCGAGUCAUGGAAGGAAGUCGAUUUGUUGGAGACAAUUCGAAUGGUCAUUAUGGCCGCAGCAAGUCGAUUUACCGUCGGAUUUCCGCUCUGCCGCAACGAAGCGUACCUUCGAGCCUGCUGGGAAGUCAAUGAUGGGAUAGUGAUGAACGGCGGUCUGACCGGCGCGACUCCGCGUCUUCUGCGCCCAAUUGUUGGCCCGUUAAUCACGAUGAAACUCCGUCGGAGCAUCGAACAGGUCAAGAAACAAGUAGAGCCUAUCUACCACCAGCGGGUGCAGGCAUUGAGCCAGCAAAACAGUGCGGGAAUGCCCGCCAGCGAAGAACCGCAGGAUCUCUUCCAGCAAAUGCUCUGUUACGCCCAGAGAGAACGACCAGGCGAACUGCACGACCUCCCCAGCAUGUCCAGACGGCUGUGUUUUGCCAACUUCGCAGCUGUGCAUCAGACAACCCUGCUUGUAACAAACAUGAUCCUCAACAUCGUCAGCUCAGACCCGCAAUACAAUACCAUCUCCGUCCUCCGAGACGAAGUGAACGAUGUCAUCGGCCCCAACAGCGGCACCAAAUGGACCAAAUACAAAGUCGCGCAGAUGAUCAAAUCCGACAGUGUGGCGCGUGAAACCAUGCGUCUAUAUUCAAACACCAACCGGGGGGUCUUCCGCAAGGUCCUAGUCGAGGGCAUCAAAACAGAAGAUGGAAUCGAGCUGCCCAAAGGCGCAUACGUCUCCUUCCUGGGUCGUCCGCUCCAAUGCGAUCCCGAAGCUUUCGGAGAUCCUUUCGAGUAUGAUCCCUUCCGGUUCUCUCGGAUCCGCGAGCAGGCCCCGAAAGACACGAAAGGCAGGUCUAGCGCGAGUCAUCUGAGCUUUGUGUCGACUUCGCCCGAGCAUCUGCCCUUUGGGCAUGGAGGCCAUUCGUGUCCGGGUAGGUUCCUGGUAGACUUUGAAAUCAAGAUGAUUGUUGCCUAUCUUCUGAUGAAUUAUGACGUCGAGUUUCCGGCCGAGUAUAAGGGACAGAGACCUGCAAAUCGGUGGAUGGCUGAGGCGCUGAUGCCGCCUUCUGGGGCGCAAAUUAGGAUAAAGAGACGAAGCUAGGUAUUUUUAUGAUUCCUUUUUUUGACAGUUUCGGAAGUAAGCCAUAUGUGGAUCAAAAUUAAGCCAGACGUGGAAGUACCAAAAUGUUUCGUUGCAAGUUGGGUAUAUAAAACAGCAUUUUUGGUUAUAUAUAUACCGUCUUCAUAAUUCCAUAUUGAGCAGGAAGGUGAUAAAGAGAUUUUUAAGCUGAGGGCAGCUACUAACCUACCC